AUGGCAAGCUCCGAUCAGGCGGCGCUGCCUCCCUCGGGCACCGCCAGCAUGCCGGAAUCCCUACGCAGGCUCUCCAUCACGAACCCGAUUCUCUUCUCGUCUACAACCUGGGCAGCCUUGUGCGUAGGCUAUGCCCUGUGGCAGGUUCCUGAGGCUCCAUUGACAAGCCCGGAGCUGCUCAGCGAGCAGCUCAAGCUCCGAAUCCGAAGCAUCCCGGUGCCAUCCAGCAGCCCGCGCUACCAGCAGUUCAAAGAGUACUACACUCGUGAGCAUGACCUCCAGCUCCAAGAAUACAAGGCAGCUCACGCUAAGUGGCAGCAGAGCACUGCCGCCUUCAACUGGCGUGCGUUCGCACAGGGCCUUGGAGUUGGUGUGCUCAUCCUCUGCGGCGCGCUGGCCGUGCUGGAAUACCACUACGGCGCCAUCUCCUAUUGGAUGGAGGUUGCCGAAGAGAUCUGGUCCGACGUCCAGCAAAAGCGCCAGAAACGGCUGCAGCUGGCAGACUCGGCGAAGAUGGAGCGACUUUUGCAGGAGAUUGGAGAAGGAGCCGAAGAUGCUAACGGCAGCAAAGGAGGCCCCUCGAAGCGCCGGAAGUCGGAAGGCGAAUCGCGGCAGCGUGUGAAAUCUCCUGCAGCCUCCGAGACAAAGGCCGCCACGGUGACACCAUCCCAGCCGGUGCCUGUAUCGAGCGUGCCGACAGUGCCCAAAGAGGACGCUCCGAAGGCCACUAGCACUCCGACAGGCGUCGAGGCCACUACGCGUGAGGCAAAACCGACGCCUGCGGUUGCGACUGAGCAGAAAUCGGACAACCCGACACUCUUGCAGGGCUCCAGCGUGCCAAGCACUUUCGGAAGCACCGGGGCAGCACGCCUCCGUGAGCGGCUGCGCUGCAAAGUGAUCGAGCGCCAUCGCCAGCAGGCAGAGCAGGCCACGACUCCAUCUUCGCAGGAGAGCUCUGGUAAUGGCCCGGAUCCGGUGGAACCAGCACCGAAGAAGGAGAAGAAAUCCAAGAACAAGAAGGCCCAGGCGAAGAAGGAGGAGGCUGUCGUCAAGAAAGAGCCCGAGGCGAAGGCGCAGGCAAAGCCGGAGGAAACAGCGCCACCGGCUCCAGCCGCUCCACCGUCUCCUGCUCCAGAGACACCAGCAACCCCAGCACCAGCUCCAGCGAAUGAUGGGACCACUGUCGAGGCGCCUUCGGUUGAGCAACCUUCCGCUGCGGAGAAGGAUGCUCCCGUCAAGGUUGAGCAGGCAACUUCGAAGAAGAGCAAGAACGCCAAGGCCAAGAAGGCCGAGACAAGACCCGCGGAGAACAACUCCCGCACCGCCAGCAAGGAAGCAGCUGUGAAGCCGCCCGCGGCACGCAAAGCUGACCCGGAGGUCGAGGCCGCGCUUCAGCGCCUGGCACGGCAGCCCCUGGCCAAGCCCUCCCUGCGCGGCCCAGAGCUCCUUCGGGAGGCCCAGGAGUUGCUUUCGCGCUUGGAAGCAGAGGACCUCCUGAAGCAGCUCGAGACCGAGGAGGAGCACGCGCGUCGUGCCGCAGGCAAGAAGAAGGCCAAGAAGAACAAGGCUGCUGCAAGGGCCAAAGCCAGCGCGAAGAAGGGCCAGAAGGGCGAAGCACCCGUGGAGGUGCUAAAGGCCACGCUUCCCGGCACAGAGGCCGACGCUGAGGACGAGAACGUGGAGAUCGAAGAAGAAGAAGAAGAGGUCGCUUCUGAGCCUUCUGUGAUCAAGCUGGAGGAGGCUGACAAGAAGGAGUCUGAGGAGGAAUCCACAGAGAUGCACAGCUCCGACGGCCACGACACCCACAGCUCUUCCGCAGCUUCGGACGAGGAACGGUGUGCCAAGAACGCUCCGGCAGUCAGCAUCGCGGAGGAGCGAGGCAAGCAGAAGAAGCUGGACCGGUUGCAGCGUACCGAGGCCGUGCGCGAGGCCAAAGUGGAGGCCACCACCGAGGAAUCGUCGGCAUCGGCUGAUGCCUGCUUCAACGGUGCUCUCGCCGGCGCACAAAUUUUAGACUUCUUGAGGAGUGGCAAGCCCGACAAGGAGACGCGUGCCGAGCCAAGCCGCAAGAACAAGAACAAGAAUCGCCAGCAGAAGGAGCCGGAAGCUCCUGUGCAAAGCAAGGUCCAGGCCAAGGCGAAGGCCACGCCAAAGCCUGUGGAGAAGGUCCAGCCAAAGGUGCCGGUCAAAGCAGAGACCAAAGCAAAGGCAGAAGAGAAGGAGAGUGGCUCCUCAGAGGACUCCACGGAGAUGCACAGCUCCGACGGUCAAGACUCCCACAGCAGCUCCUUCUCCGUCUCGGACGAGGAGAGUGGCAAAAGAGUCGAGGCUGCCGCGCCGGUGUGGAACGACCCGUCGUUCAACGGUGCGCUCGCUGGAGCCCAGAUUUUGGACUUCCUUCGAAGUGGCCCUUCACGAAAGGAGCCGGACUCCGUUUGGAAGGGCAAAAGCAAAAGCUGGCCGUGCCCUCCAGAGUCCGAGUCCAAAGAGGCCGAAAAUGAGGCGGCGAGCUCCCUCAGAGCAGAGGCUCCAGAGUUCGUGCCGGGUCAGUCCGUCGAGUCAUCGAGCGAGGACCCACAGCCAGUCAUGGUUAUGCCAGACCAGCUUCCGCCGGGCUGCCAAAUCGUGAUGGUGCCGGUGCAGAUGCCCAUGUUCGAGGCUAUGGUUAUGCCAAUGCCAGCUGCUUCUGCUGGCUGCAUGAUGAUGCCAAUGAACAUGGACAUGAUGCAGAUGGAGUCUCCAGCCGACUGGACACCGGCCGGAGAGGCCGAAGCAACCGCCUGCUGCCCUGAUGUGGACAAAGCCGAAAAGGAGCAGGAGCCCAAAGAGGAGCAAUCUGGCUGUGAAAGCGAUGAUGACUGCGACUCUAUUUUCGGAGAGCCACCGGCUCUCAAGCGUCAGAUGACCAUAUGA